UCGCUGACGCGGCGGGCCAGACCGCAUACAGCUCUACUUCCAGUGUCCACCAUCUUGGCCGAAGUUGCCACAAAAGUAGAAUCGUGACGGACGGCAAAUAAUUGCAAAACUCAUAGUGUUGACUAUUGUGGAAAAAAACCAGAGCGAAAGGCCGCCAAAAAGAAGUUGGCGAGAAAGCAGCCAGGGAUUGGAUUCCUAUUCCAGCUGGCCACCAAGUGCUCGAAAUUGAUUUCAAUUUCGAUUCCAGCCGAGCGAAAGAGACAGCGCCUGAGCGGGGUGGAGCAGAGUGGUAGAGGGAGAGGGAGAGGUAGAGGAAGAGGUCAGCGGAGCUGUCAGCCGGGAAAAUCAUUUUGUCAAAGUAGGAAAAUCCAAGCCUUCUGUCAAAUCAUACGAACUCCAGAGUUUGCCGAAUCACCACAUACUGCUCCCUUGCUCUCAUAACCAACGAAAUGAAUGCCAAGCGCGUUAAGUACUCCACAGUGAAAGAGGAGAUCGUGCCCGUGCUCAUCCCGACCGAACCCGAGAUGGAUCUCGAGGAGGAACCCGAGGAGGAGGAGGAGCCCGAGGAGGAGGAGGAGCACGUCCACGAGCACGAACACGAGGAUGACGGCCAGGAGACACAGUAUACGUAUGCCUACACCACCGGCGAGGACGAUGACACCGAAACCGCAGUGGUGACCCUCAGCGAUCGGGAUCACGAGGCUCUGGCCAAUGCCCAGGAGGUGAUUAUUGAUGAGAACGGGCACGCAGUGACUCUGCAGGAGCUGGUCGAGAACAGCACCGUCGAGGAGGUGGAGACCAUCGAACAGGGCGAUGGCACACACACUAUCCUUCACAUUGUGCCCAAUAUGCAUGACGAGGAGGUCGAGGAAGACGAAGGGCUCGAGGAGGGCGAGGAGCUAGAACAUGACGAUGAGAUUGUUACUGUUGAACACGAGGAGGCCGAAUUGGAGGAAGAAGAAGACGAAGUGGGCUCCAUUGUUUUCGAGGGCACCAUCGACCAGGCCGAACAAGAUCCGCAUGCCCGCAACAAGACCUUCUACUGCCCCAACUGCGGCAAUUGUUACAGUGCCGCCGGCUCCCUGAAGCUUCACAUGCGCGCCUGCCUGCGCCAGAGGAGUGAGGUCUCCGCCGAGAACCGCAAGUGCAAGGUCUGCAGCAAGAUCUUCAACUCGGUUGCCUACCUCAAGGAGCACAUGAUGCGCCACACAGGCGAGCAGCCAUUCCGCUGCACCCGCUGCUAUCGCAAGUUCGUCGAAGAGAGCAAGUUCGCCGCCCACAUGGAGGCGCACAAGCAUCAGGACAAGCUUGAGGCCGAGGCGGUGGCCCUGGCCGCCCAGCACGGCGGCAAGAAGGUGGUCGUCAAGGAGUUCCAGUGCGCCUUCUGCUCGCAGAACUUCACCGUCGUCUUUGAUGUAGGCCAGGUGAAGCGUCGCUAUGCCUGCGACGCCUGCCGCGAUAAGUACUCCAAUGCGGAGGCUUUGCGCCAGCACAAGCAGCAGGUAGAGGAGAAGCGCGAGUUCAGCUGCGAGCGCUGCGGCCGCAAGUUCGUUUUUGAGGGCUUUCUUCAGCGCCAUCUGCCCACCUGCGAUGGCAGCAUCAAGCGCCGACGCGACAUGAAGUAGAGGCGGCCGCAACGUGAUUGCCACUGGCGGCGUCGGCAGCAGCUGGAGCCGGCGAGGGAGGAGCAGGAGUCGCUGCCGCCAGUGCGUUACGUUGUUAUCAAGCAGGAGUACGUAGAUGAGGAGCAGUACGAUUAGCAGGAGCACGAGCUAGUUUCCGAUAGAUCGCCUAACGCAGAACUCAGACUAGCCGCCCGGGC